GCGCUCGGCCUCGGGGGGAACCGCGGCACGGAGCUGGGAGAAGGGGGCACCCCUGGGGUUGUGAGGGUCGCCGGUUUCCCGCCCAGGCCCUGGGACGCCGCCCGGGACCCUGUGGAAACCUCUGGAAGCAGUCACUGCACCGCCAUCCACUCGCGACGGUGCUCCGCCGCCGCCGCCCGAGGGAACAGUCCCCCGCCGGGGCCCGCUGCCGCCCUCGCCGCAACGCUCAGAGGGCCGUGGUCCCCGCGGCCGUCCGAGCGCCGCGGCGAAGGGCGGGGGGGGGGAGCGGGCCCGGCAGCGGCAUGAUGCUGAAGGCUGCGCGCCCGCCUCUGCCAUGGCGCCGCCCUUAAACGGCAACAGUGAUGGGCUCCACGCGCUGUUCUACCGCGACGCCCAGGGCGGGGAGCGGUACGGCGCCGGCCCGUACGGCGUCCAACGAUGCCUGAGGAAGUGCAGCAGCACGGGGAGGAGGAUGCGGAGACUUUCGCCUUCCAGGCGGAGAUCGCCCAGCUCAUGUCACUCAUUAUCAACACCUUCUACUCCAACAAGGAGAUCUUCCUGCGGGAGCUCAUCUCCAACGCCUCCGACGCUCUGGAUAAGAUCCGUUAUGAGAGCCUGACAGAUCCCUCCAAGCUCGACAGCGGUAAGGACCUCAAGAUCGACAUAGUCCCCAACCUCCGGGACCGCACGCUCACCCUGGUGGACACUGGCAUUGGGAUGACAAAAGCGGACCUCAUUAACAACCUGGGCACUAUUGCCAAGUCUGGUACCAAAGCCUUCAUGGAAGCCCUGCAGGCUGGCGCAGACAUCUCCAUGAUCGGGCAAUUUGGCGUGGGUUUCUAUUCUGCUUAUCUAGUGGCCGAGAAAGUGGUUGUUAUUACCAAGCACAAUGAUGAUGAGCAGUAUGCUUGGGAGUCAUCAGCUGGGGGCUCCUUCACUGUCCGGACUGACCGUGAUGAGCCCAUCGGACGGGGCACCAAAGUGAUCCUGUACUUGAAGGAGGACCAGACAGAGUACUUGGAGGAGCGGCGUGUCAAAGAGGUGGUGAAGAAGCACUCUCAGUUCAUUGGCUACCCCAUCACACUCUAUCUGGAGAAGGAACGUGAGAAAGAGAUCAGUGAUGAUGAGGCAGAGGAGGAGAAAGAUGAGAAGGAAGAGGAAGAGCCAGCAUCCAAAGAUGAGGAGAAACCCAAGAUCGAGGAUGUGGGCUCUGAUGAGGAGGAAGGAGACAAAGGCAAGAAGAAAAAGACCAAGAAAAUGAAGGAAAAAUACAUUGACCAGGAGGAACUGAACAAGACCAAACCUAUUUGGACCCGCAACCCUGAUGACAUCACCCAGGAGGAGUAUGGCGAGUUCUACAAGAGCCUCACUAAUGACUGGGAAGACCACCUGGCUGUUAAGCACUUUUCCGUGGAAGGGCAGCUGGAAUUCAGGGCCUUGCUUUUCAUCCCACGCCGUGCCCCUUUUGACCUCUUUGAGAACAAGAAGAAGAAGAAUAACAUUAAGCUGUAUGUGAGGCGUGUCUUCAUCAUGGACAGCUGUGAUGAGCUCAUCCCUGAGUACCUAAACUUCAUCCGGGGUGUUGUGGACUCAGAGGACCUGCCUCUGAACAUCUCUCGUGAGAUGCUCCAGCAGAGCAAGAUCCUCAAGGUGAUCCGCAAAAACAUUGUGAAGAAAUGCUUGGAGCUCUUCUCCGAGCUGGCAGAGGACAAAGAGAGCUACAAGAAAUUUUAUGAGGCCUUUUCCAAGAAUCUGAAGCUGGGCAUCCAUGAGGACUCGAACAACCGAAAGCGCCUUUCAGAGCUGCUGCGUUACCACACAUCCCAGUCAGGUGAUGAGGUGACUUCGCUUUCAGAGUAUGUGUCCCGUAUGAAGGAGACCCAGAAGAGUAUCUACUACAUCACAGGGGAGAGUAAGGAGCAGGUUGCCAACUCAGCAUUUGUGGAGCGUGUGUGGAAGCGUAGCUUUGAGGUGGUGUACAUGACAGAGCCCAUUGAUGAGUACUGCGUGCAGCAGCUCAAGGAGUUUGAUGGCAAGACCCUAGUGUCGGUCACCAAGGAGGGGCUGGAGCUGCCCGAGGAUGAGGAGGAGAAAAAGAAGAUGGAGGAGAGCAAGGCCAAGUUCGAGACCCUCUGCAAACUCAUGAAGGAGAUCCUGGACAAAAAGGUUGAGAAGGUAACCAUCUCAAACCGGCUGGUCUCAUCUCCCUGCUGCAUUGUCACCAGCACUUACGGCUGGACAGCCAACAUGGAGCGCAUCAUGAAGGCUCAGGCACUGCGGGACAACUCUACCAUGGGUUAUAUGAUGGCCAAGAAGCACCUCGAAAUCAACCCUGACCACCCAAUUGUGGAAACGCUCCGACAGAAGGCUGGUGCUGACAAGAAUGACAAAGCUGUCAAAGACCUAGUGGUGCUACUCUUUGAAACUGCUCUGCUGUCCUCUGGUUUCUCCCUGGAAGAUCCCCAGACCCACUCCAACCGCAUCUACAGGAUGAUCAAACUGGGGCUUGGCAUUGAUGAAGAUGACGUGACUGCAGAGGAGCCCAGUGCAGCUGUCCCUGAUGAAAUCCCCGCUCUGGAGGGAGGUGAAGAUGCAUCCCGCAUGGAAGAGGUAGACUAAAGUAGGAGGAAUCCUCUUCCCUCACCUGCUAGGCCUCUGCCCACCUCAUGUCUGCUUGCUUAGGAGGGCAUCUGCUCCCACCAGCUGCUACUGACUCCUUGGUGGUGUCUCUUUUUCUGGAUUUGAUUGGUGGGGUUUGUUUUGUUUUGUUUUGGGGUGUUUUUUUUUUGGCAGGGGCAAGAAGGAGUGAUUCCCUGUUUGUCAGUAGUGAGUUAUUCAGGCAGCCUGGGGCCUGUCUGUUCUGUGUCUUUCUGCUUGUGUAGAAACAGCUGAUGGGGGAGUGGAGGUGAGGAGGCACCAGGCUUCCCCGUCUCCCUGCCAUAGGGUCUUCCAUGUUCCCAGUAGGCAUCAAACACUUGCCUUGUUCCACUGGCCUGGGAGAGCCCUUCCUCUAAGAUGCUGUCUCCUGGAACCUCCGGGGUGUAGGAUAUUUUAUUUUGGUUGGCUUGGUUAUUGUUUGGUUGUUUUUCUGUUGUUUUGUUCUACUGGAAUUAAAGUAUCAAAGAAUGUGGUUUACA